AUCUCAGUCACUCAUGCAGAAAUUUUGAAAAAUCGGUAGCGUUCCCCUUUCCGCAGUUCAUUUGAUCUGCUUGUUCUUGAACUUGUUCACAUGACCAAAGUCUUCGGCAGCGUGGCUGUUUCGUGACCCUCCCUGCCUGCCGUCUCAUUGGUCUCGUCCUUAUCGGAAGGCUUUGACAGAACCUUCGCAUCAUAUUUUCCCACCCGUUUUCCGGCACGCCCCAACCCACGCUAGGAUUGGCCAACAGUUUAUACCCACGAUCAGCCCGCCGAUUACUAGCCAAUCCCAGCGCAGGAAACGGGAGCGUGUUAGCCAAUCACUAUGGCACACAGCUCACUAUGACACCCACCCUGCUCUAUGACGCAGUAGUCUCCAGAUCAGCCAAUCACAGCUCAGCAUGCGGGACCGUCAGUCCUAAUGCAGGGAACCAGGUGCGGACGGAAUACAGGUGGGAUAAAAAUAGAGUAGGCUGAACCAAGCUAUAAAUGCUGAGAGGAUGCGGCCAUGCCACCUCCCUCGUGAAGUCGGAUGUAGGAGUGUUACCCCGAGCCUGUGGAAUGAAUGUGCCCCCCAUGUGUGUUACACGUCUCCGUCCGCCGGCUUAAUAAGAGCGAGGACGUAAUUACAGCCGUUAUUACGGGAGGUCUUCUUUCCGGGUCUCACUGAUCACCUUUAAGCCGACUGAGCGCAUGUAAGGAUUAAAUACACCCCAUUAGUGUUGAUCGCGCGCCGUGGAUGCUAGAAAGGGAGCGCUGAUUGCAUCAUGGUGGCGGGAGAGCUGCUUCAGGAACACGCUCGGCCCGGCAGCGCUGCCUGCGAGGAGGCCGAAGCGGACAAACCCGAGACGCAGUACCAGGAUCUCGCGAACGGGGCGAUCCAUGUGACCGUGCCGGACUCGCAGCGGGCGGACAGGGAGCUCCCGCCGAACGAGAAGGAGGCGAUGCUUCCGAGCGAGCGCAGCCAGACACCGGAGACGAGGCUGUACUGCCGGAGGUUCGCCGUGCUGACCAUAUUCAGCCUGUACUCGCUGGUCAACGCCUUCCAGUGGAUCCAGUACAGCAUCAUCGCCAACAUCUUCACACACUACUACAGCGUGUCCAGCGUGAUGAUCGACUGGCUGUCCGUGGUCUACAUGGUGGCCUAUGUGCCUCUCAUCUUCCCCGCCACCUGGCUGCUGGACAGAAAGGGGCUGAGGGUGACGGCGCUGCUGGGCGCCGGUUUGAACUGCGUGGGCGCCUGGUUGAAGUGCGCCAGCGUUGGGCCCCACCUCUUCUGGGUCACCAUGGUGGCCCAGAUCGUCUGCUCCGUGGCCCAGAUCUUCAUCCUCGGCCUGCCCUCCAGGAUCGCGUCGGUGUGGUUCGGACCCAGAGAGGUUUCCACCGCCUGUGCCACAGCAGUGCUGGGUAACCAGCUGGGUGUUGCCAUAGGUUUCCUUCUCCCACCUGUGCUGGUUCCGAACACGCCUGACGAUAAAGAACUCAUGGGCCGCAACAUAAGCAUCAUGUUUUAUGGAACAGCGGCCAUCUCAACCCUGCUUUUCAUCUUAACAGUCAUAGUCAUUCAGGACAGACCUCCACUGCCGCCCAGUCAGGCUCAAGCCGUCCUGCCCACAGGCCCAGCGGAAGACUAUUCGUACAAGAAGUCCAUCAUCAAUCUGUUCAGGAACAAGCCCUUCCUGUUGCUCCUUAUCAGUUAUGGCAUCAUGACGGGAUCUUUCUAUUCAGUGUCCACACUCCUCAAUCAAAUGAUAAUUGCCCAUUAUCCAGGAGAGGAGUUGAACGCUGGUAGAAUUGGUCUAACCCUGGUGGUGGCUGGAAUGGUGGGCUCCAUCCUUUGCGGGCUGUGGCUGGAUCACACCAAAACUUAUAAAAUGACUACGCUGAUUGUGUAUAUCCUGUCCUUUAUUGGAAUGCUGGUGUUCACGUUCACUCUGGACUUGCAGCAGCUCCUCGUGGUUUUCUUCACUGGUGGAGUGCUGGGGUUCUUCAUGACUGGAUAUCUGCCCAUUGGCUUUGAAUUUGGUGUUGAAAUAACGUAUCCCGAGUCUGAAGGCACUUCAUCUGGUCUUCUUAAUGCGUUUGCUCAGGUGUUUGGAAUCAUUUUCACCUUCAUCCAAGGAAAGCUCACCACAGACUACAACCCACAGGCUGGAAAUAUCUUCAUAUGUGUCUGGAUAUUCUUUGGCAUCAUUCUAACAGCACUAAUAAAGUCAGAGCUGAAAAGACAUGGAGCCAAUAUGAGCAAUAGCAAAGGUCAAAUGGUUCCUACCGAGUACCCUUCAGAGAAGAUAUCCAACGGUGUGAGGCUGGGGUCCUCCUCAAGUUUGGCUCACGAGACUUCACUGUAAGCCCGCUGAGACGCCAAUGACUGUGUAGCACUCCUGAAAGAACUCGCCACCAUCACAAGCUUUCCUGAGGUUACUUGAAAUUGUCUCUUUUUAUUUAUUAUUAUUUUGUUUUUUUUUUUGCUGUACUGAACUUCGCAUGGUAUCGUUUCAGUGGAACUGUUUCAGCACAUGAUUUUUUUUAAGUUUGUGAAGUGAGAUCAUGUGAGAAACGUCCACUCGACUCCCACAGACCUCUCGGAACCUUUCAGACGGACAAUCUGUCUUGCAUUAGCAUGCUGAUCACAUCCACAGUGCGCUGUAAUCCUCUCAUAGUGACCAUUAAAGCUACAUUCUGUAAAGUGA